AUGGCCGACCACUCCUACAAGUUCAACAUCACCAUGACCUGCGGCGGCUGCUCCGGCGCCGUCGACCGCGUGCUCAAGAAGCUUGAUGGCGUCAAGUCGCACACCGUCUCGCUCGAGACCCAGACCGCCGAAGUCACCGCUGCCGACUCGCUCGAUUACGACACUGUCCUGAACACCAUCAAGAAGACCGGCAAGAAAGUCAACAGCGGCGAGGCCGACGGCAAGUCCAUGGCUGUAUGA